GGCCUGCGCGGGGCGGCAGCGCGGGCGGGGCCCAGGCCGGGGCCGAGGCCGAGCCGGAGCCGAGCGGCGCGGGGCUUAUCCGGGGCCGGGGCCGGGCCCAGCCGCCGCCCGCCAUGGACUCGGACGAGGGCUACAACUACGAGUUCGACGAGGACGAGGAGUGCAGCGAGGACAGCGGCGCCGAGGAGGACGAGGACGACGAGGACGAGGACGACGAGCCCGACGACGAUAACCUGGACCUGGGCGAGGUGGAGCUGGUGGAGCCGGGCCUGGGCGUGGGCGGCGAGCGCGACGGGCUGCUGGGCGGCGAGACGGGCGGGCUGGGCCCCGGCGGCGGCGGCGGCGGCAGCGGGCUGGGCGGUGGGCCGGGCCCCGGCGGCGGCGGCCACGAGCAGGACGAGGAUUACCGCUACGAGGUGUUGACGGCUGAGCAGAUCCUGCAGCACAUGGUGGAGUGCAUCCGCGAGGUCAACGAGGUCAUCCAGAAUCCAGCAACUAUCACCAGAAUACUUCUUAGCCAUUUCAACUGGGAUAAAGAGAAGCUGAUGGAAAGGUACUUUGAUGGCAACUUGGAGAAGCUUUUUGCUGAGUGUCAUGUAAUUAAUCCAAGUAAAAAGUCUAGAACGCGCCAGAUGAAUACAAGGUCAUCAGCCCAGGACAUGCCUUGUCAGAUCUGCUAUCUGAACUACCCAAACUCGUACUUCACUGGCCUAGAGUGUGGACAUAAGUUCUGUAUGCAGUGCUGGAGUGAAUAUCUAACUACCAAAAUAAUGGAGGAAGGCAUGGGACAGACUAUUUCAUGCCCAGCUCAUGGCUGUGAUAUCUUAGUUGAUGACAACACAGUUAUGCGUCUGAUCACAGAUUCAAAGGUUAAAUUAAAGUACCAGCAUUUAAUAACUAAUAGUUUUGUAGAGUGUAAUCGAUUGUUAAAAUGGUGUCCUGCCCCAGACUGCCACCAUGUUGUUAAAGUUCAGUAUCCUGAUGCUAAACCUGUUCGCUGCAAGUGUGGGCGUCAGUUUUGCUUUAAUUGUGGUGAAAAUUGGCAUGAUCCUGUUAAGUGCAAGUGGUUAAAGAAGUGGAUUAAGAAGUGUGAUGAUGACAGUGAAACUUCCAACUGGAUUGCAGCAAACACAAAGGAAUGCCCAAAAUGUCAUGUGACCAUCGAAAAGGAUGGCGGCUGCAACCACAUGGUCUGUCGGAACCAGAACUGUAAAGCAGAGUUCUGUUGGGUGUGUCUUGGCCCUUGGGAGCCACAUGGAUCUGCCUGGUACAACUGUAAUCGCUACAAUGAGGAUGAUGCAAAGGCAGCAAGGGAUGCACAGGAGCGAUCCAGAGCAGCCCUGCAGAGGUACCUGUUCUACUGCAACCGCUAUAUGAACCACAUGCAAAGCCUGCGCUUUGAGCACAAACUCUAUGCUCAGGUGAAGCAGAAAAUGGAGGAAAUGCAGCAGCACAACAUGUCAUGGAUCGAGGUGCAGUUCCUGAAGAAAGCAGUUGACGUCCUCUGCCAGUGUCGUGCCACACUCAUGUACACUUACGUCUUUGCCUUCUACCUCAAAAAGAAUAAUCAGUCCAUUAUCUUUGAGAAUAACCAAGCAGACUUAGAGAAUGCUACAGAGGUGCUUUCUGGGUACCUGGAGCGAGAUAUAUCCCAAGAUUCUCUGCAAGACAUAAAGCAGAAAGUACAAGAUAAGUACAGAUAUUGCGAGAGCCGACGAAGGGUUUUGUUGCAGCAUGUGCAUGAAGGCUAUGAGAAAGACCUGUGGGAGUACAUUGAGGACUGAGACGGGCCUGCAUAAAAUGAACUCUGAAAACUUUACCAUCUAGAGUGCUCAUGAAAUUAAAACAAAACACACACAAAAGAGGCACUAUGCCUAUUACACCGCUGGGUCUGUAGUACCGGGAUUCUGUUUUGUUAACAGAAAAUUUAAGUAAAUUAUAUUGUAAUAAAAAAGGUAGAUAAACCAUUGUACAACAGUAUUCUAGGCGGCCAAUAAGAGUGUGACAGACGCACUAAAAAAAAAAACCCUCCAACUUUAACUUGUAACGUAGCUUCAUUCUCCAUGCCGAUUCCUUUUUCUUUUCUUUCUAUCUUUUCCUGUGUGUAGUACAGAUGAAAUUUAAACCAGUUUCUUGACACCGCUUUUCAUGUCCAAACCAGCCAUUUUGAUGUACCUUUGGUAAGGGGGAAGGGGUUUCUCCCCUCCCAUCCCUCCUCCUCUCAUGCACCCAAGUACAUGAAUGAAUGUUGAUUGGCUCUUGUAAAGACCGUUCUUGGGGAGGGGAGGAGGGGGGUACACAGCAAGGAAAAAAAAACCUUUGUAUAUGAAUUUUAAAACAGAGGACAACACAGUAUUUUUCAAAAUUGUAUAUAGCGCAUAUGCAUGGACAAAGAGCAAGCGUGGCACGUGUUUGCAUAAUGUUUAAUUACAAAAAAAUAUUUAUUCUUUAAAAAUCUUCAAGAUUAUGUCUAUUUGCUGUGCAUUUUCUUUCAGUUUGAUUUUUUUUCCUUCCCUGGGGCAGGGGUGGGGGGGAGCGUGUGCUGGCGUUAGUGACUGUUGAAGGUUUUUAUCUGAGAAGUUGGGUUUCUCCUCUUCGUGCAGCUCUUUUUUGUCCUUGGCCUUCAUGGUUUAUAUGUUUCCAUUGCUGGCAACAGAACCAUCCCCUCCCUUCCAGCUUCUCACAAACUGAUUUAACCUGGUGUGUUUCAUUAGAGAUGAAUUUACCUCGUGAUUCAGAAUGCUUUGCCUUUUUUCUUUUUAGCCCAGAACGACACCACUUUAACUGCCCAAAUCAAACCUAGCUGUUCCCAUGCACCUAGGACAUGCGCUCUGCUCCUAGCUUGAAGGUCAAACCUAUAGGAAGUGUAUGUUUAGGAAUUUUUAAUGAUGGAAAGGAAGUGUGGGGGGGGAAGGGGUGUUUUUACAGGACUUGUCAAAGAGCAUCUAAAGAUUUCAACUGUGUGGAUCUCCUCUCCCUUCCAGUUGCAGCUGUCAGAUGGAACGUUCCUUGCUGUUUUCACUUGCAUUAUAACAAAUCGUGACAUUGAAAAGGAAAAUGGUGGAAUUGUCCUUGUGUUUGUAUUGGGUUCAAUUACUGGGCAAACUGUCCUGGCAGAUAUUUAACACUCCAUCUAGUACAGUAGAAAUUGAAAUCAGUGAGCUAUUUUUCAGUGAAAAGGGGAAAGAACUAAUGAAUUUUAGCUAUUGAAUCCAUUUUUAUGAUUUCUGUAACAAGAGCUAUGUUAAAGUAAUUAAUUGGUGGUGGUUUUAUUAAAUUUCUCCUGUAUAGGACUUCCUUCUGUGGUAUUUUUCACCAGGCUAGUGUUCUAAGAACAUUCCUGAUUAACCUGAACUGAGGUUCAAGGGGAGAAAAUAGAGGGGUGAAUAAUGGAGGCAGGUUAAUAUGAUCCUUAAUAUGAAACACCAGCCUCACCUAAAAUCUUCUUGGUCACUUGAGCCUCUUCCAUUUGGAGCUACUGUCAGUAAAUGCUGUGUGCCUCCACACCUUUUACACACCUUUAUUUCCCCCAAAAGGUUUUGUUUGUGUCAAACCCUCUUACCAUAACGUUGGAGCAGAAUGAAUGCGCCCACCCUCAUAAUUUGUAUUCUGUGCACUUUUCUUUAUGAGGCUGUUCCUGGGUGGGGAGAAAGUAAUGAGGGUUCACAUGUAUAUAGUGAAGGGCUCUGCUCUGAUUUAAUGUGGACAAGCCACAACUUAGACAUUACCCAAACCUUGAAACUGUCCGGCCUCCCUGUACUUUUCCCUGCUGUAUAUUAGCAGCUCUAUGCCACCCAGGCUUCACUGAUUGGCUCUUGGAAAGCUUCACACCCAAAAUGUGUAUUUCCAGUUCAAAAUUUAAAUAAAAAUGCUUUCUAAGA